GCCCACACUUUCACACUCCUAUAGAAACAGAAAAAACCAAAAAAUAAGAAAGAAAAGAAAAAAGAAGCAAAUGUCUAAUGCAGAAGAAGUGAUGCAAAGCAGUGGAAAACGGCAGAGAUUUUCUAAAGUUGAAGAAGAAAAACGACGAGAAAUGGAAGAAGAGGAAGAUGAAGAUGAAAACGACGACGGCGAAGAUGAGGAAGAGAGCGAGCUUCCUUUAAAGCCAGGCCUGCUGUUUUUCCCUACAACUCCGACUUCUUUCGUUGUUUCCGAUGCGCUUGAGCCCGAUUUCCCCAUUAUUUAUGUCAACAAAGUCUUCGAGGUUUUCACCGGUUAUCGAGCCGACGAAGUCCUUGGUCGGAACUGUCGGUUCUUACAGUAUAGAGACCCGCGUGCUCAAAGACGGCACCCUUUGGUAGAUCCUUUUGUUGUGUCUGAGAUCCGAAGAUGUCUUGAGGAAGGUAUUGUAUUCCAAGGUGAGCUUCUGAAUUUCAGGAAGGAUGGUACUCCGUUAGUGAACAGACUGAAACUUGCACCUAUUCAUGAUGAUGAUCGAACAGUCACACACAUUAUUGGUAUUCAAGUGUUUUCUGAAGCAAAAAUAGAUCUGAACCAUGUAUCAUAUCCGGUUUUCAAAGAGGCUUGUAAUCAGCAGUUGGAUCAGUCAGCUAAAUACUCUCAUUUGAGCGAAAAUCCACCAUUCAGCCAGCAUCAAGAAAUAUGUGGGAUACUCCAACUCUCUGAUGAAGUCUUGGCUCAUAACAUUUUAUCACGUUUGACGCCAAGGGAUGUUGCAUCUAUCGGGUCUGUCUGCAGAAGGGUACGCCAACUAACAAAGAAUGAGCAUGUGAGGAAGAUGGUAUGCCAAAAUGCCUGGGGAAGAGAAGUCACUGGUACAUUAGAAAUGAUGACUAAGAAGUUGGGGUGGGGACGUCUUGCCAGAGAACUGACCACUCUUGAGGCAGUUUGUUGGAGGAAAUUGACUGUUGGAGGAUCGGUGGAGCCUUCACGUUGCAACUUUAGUGCAUGUGCAGCAGGGAACCGUCUUGUGCUUUUUGGAGGUGAGGGAGUCAACAUGCAACCAAUGGAUGACACAUUUGUUCUCAAUCUUGACGCUGCAAAUCCAGAGUGGCAGCGGGUGAGUGUGGAAUCAUCCCCACCAGGGCGCUGGGGCCACACUCUCUCGUGCCUGAAUGGUUCAUGGUUGGUGGUAUUUGGGGGAUGCGGAAGGCAAGGAUUGCUCAAUGAUGUUUUUGUUCUUGACUUGGAUGCCAAACAGCCUACAUGGAAAGAAGUUUCUGGUGGAACUCCUCCGCUCCCUAGAUCAUGGCAUAGCUCUUGCACAAUAGAUGGCUCUAAGUUGGUUGUGUCUGGUGGGUGCACAGACGCUGGGGUGCUUCUCAGUGAUACAUUUCUUUUGGAUCUCACGACUGACAAGCCAAAGUGGAAAGAGAUACCAACAUCAUGGGCACCUCCAUCUAGGUUGGGCCAAUCACUUUCGGUUUAUGGUCGUACUAAAAUUCUUAUGUUUGGGGGGCUUGCAAAGAGUGGGAACUUGCGAUUGCGAUCAGGUGAAGCCUACACCAUUGAUUUGGAGGAUGAAGAACCACAUUGGAGGCAACUGGACUUUAGUGCCUUCACCAGCCUUGGCAGCCAAAGUGCUGUGGUACCUCCUCCUAGACUUGAUCAUGUUGCUGUAAGCAUGCCUUGUGGGAGGAUAAUUAUAUUUGGUGGUUCCAUUGCUGGGUUGCACUCUCCUUCUCAGCUUUUCCUUCUGGAUCCUUCAGAGGAGAAACCAUCAUGGAGGACUCUCAAUGUUCCUGGGCAACCACCAAAAUUUGCCUGGGGUCAUAGUACCUGUGUGGUUGGAGGGACUAGGGUCCUGGUAUUGGGUGGACACACUGGUGAGGAGUGGAUACUCAACGAGUUGCAUGAGUUGUGCUUAGCAAGCAGGCAGGACUCAGACUCAUGAUUCAAAACGGACUCAUCAGCAUUACGAAGACAACCGUGGAAGAAAUUUUUUCUUUACAAGCACUCACUGAGGUCAUUUCUUCCGCAUUGUUUACUCAGACUCCUAUUUUUGACAUGUUUGGCCUGGUGCAUUGUGUUUUUGUUCAGAUUGUGUCACUGUAUAAAUGUCCCUUCUUAGUGUCUGUUCUGGUUGUACAAUGUAAACAUAAUAGUGAGUGUAUAUUCAGUGUUUGUGAUCCGACUAAAUAAGUGUUGUGACUCUUUUUGUAGGUUAGAUAUCUUAUAUAUCAAAAUGCCAAUAGCUUGGGUAUGA